CGUGGCUGAGCGUCUCGUGCAGAUUGAAAGGGAAGGGAAAGGUAGAAGGACAGCAGUCUGUUGCGAUGAAAACAAAGUGGAGUCUCUAUAUAAUAUGGAGUGUUUUAUCACUUGGCAUCCUCAGCUACGCACAGGACACUUAUGAAUCUCCAUUCACCAGAAGAAAAGAGCAUUUUAAACAGCAACAAUCCAAAUCAAUCAAACAUUUAACGACAGACGACAGAAAACCCCCCCACCGGUUACCUGCCAUCUCUUCCCCAUUGUCUGUACUCAUUUCCGCGUCUAUGCGUCCAGAGGCAAAGCUCCAGUCGGACUUUGCUUACCUGCAAGACGUUUCUGUCACCUGCUCCACGGCUGACUUUGUCUUGCGGGUCAAACCAGUUUUCUACGGCCAGGGUGCCAAUGCAGAGGAGCUGAAACUAGGCAGCGGCUGCAAAAGCAACGGGGUUCUCAGACCCUACGGUGACCUGCUCUUCACGUACCCUCUGACGGCGUGUGGAGCCGUGCGGGAGUCGCCCCCCGGUUAUCUGCUCUACAAAUUCACACUCCAUUAUGAGCCUUCGCCAAAACGUUUCCCAACUAGAGCGCAGCGGAUCGAUGUGGACAUUGAAUGCCGUUAUCAAAGGAACCACCAUGUGCACAAGCUGACAGUGCAGCCCGCCUGGGAGACUCCUGUUAUGCGUAAACAACUGAAGGGAAAUGCAAAUGACUUCCAGAUGGAGUUGAUGGAUGAUUUGUGGAGCACACCUGCCCAGUCACAGGUGUACCAGCUUGGAAAGACGGUUAAUUUCCAGAUCUCUGCACCUCAUCUCUCAACUGGUUCAAAACUGUACAUCAAUAGCUGCUAUGCUUCACCAUCCAGUGACUCUAAAUCAUCCCUCAAAUACAGCAUCAUUGGCAAUUUUGGCUGUAUGCUGGACAGUAAGAGCGACCCGGGGGCGUCUCGGUUCGUCUCUCGGACAGACAAGACCCUGAGAUUCUCCAUCCAGGCCUUCCAGUUCACUGCAGACCCUGACUCGGAGAUUAAUAUUCACUGCAAGUUAUUAGUCUCAUCUGAAGACCCGGGUCCUGCUCACAAAUCAUGCACCUACAAAAAGGACAGGUGGAAGGCCCUCUCUGGUGACAAGUCCAUAUGUGACUGCUGUGAUUCACAGUGUGUGCCCUCUAAACUCCAGAGGGCCAUGAUGGAAGGUUUUACCAGCAGUGGGUCUUUGCUGGUCUCUGAUCAGCCGUACACGACAGAAGAUGACCUUCUACCAGUCGGCAUUAGCGGAGUCGGCAUUAGCGGAGUCGGCCAUGCCACGAUACAAGACACCGAUAAGCUGCACAGUCAAGAGACCCCGCUGGAAAGUGAUGAUGUAGUGACUUACGACGAUGAUGAUUACGACGAAGAGCUAGACUACGCAUAUGGAGAAGAAGAAGAAGAGGAGGAAGAGGAUGAAGAAGAAAGUGGGUUUAUCCUUGGAGUGAUGCCUGAAGCUGAUUCAGAGGAGUUAGGAUUUAGGGACAGGGUUUCAGUUGAGUCUAAGGUGAAGGAUUCACAUCAGUUAAAAGAGGAUGGGUCAGGGUUUGUAGUGCUAGAAGAGAGGGAAGAGGACUUUGAAGGAGGAGAAGAUGAGACCCAUUGGAAUCAGGAGGAGGCUGAAGUCUUACGUCAUUGGGAGCAGUUGGAGGAAAUCUUCACAUCACAAGUCGUCCCACAGAGAGAGUCACGGCUGCCGGCUUCUGAAAGUGAGGAAGAGGAGAGGAAGCAUACAGGUGGAGGUGAAGAGCAUGAGAGGAUGAUGGAGGAGAGGAAGCGUGGAGGUGAAGAGCAUGAGAGGAUGAUGGAGGAGGAGUGGGAGGACGACGACAGUCUAGAAGAUUUAGUAGAUGAUGGAGAGAGGACCUGGUAUUUCCCAUGGAGGUAGCAUUGGGUCAAUGGAUCGAUCAGUACUCUGCUCAAAGACUGUAACCCCCAUGAUAGUAGGAUAUUCUGAUUUAUAUCAAUAAAAAACAUGAAAAUGCA